AUGGUAUGUUCCAAACAACGAAAGACUGGAAAUCAAUAUGCAGAUGAAGACAUUCCCCAUUAUGGAUCUUAUUAUACAACAGUCACAAUGGAGAAUCAUCAGGUUGAUGGUGAUGUCUCAAUUGAUAAAGGGAAAAGGGUAGUAUCAGAGUCUGAUGCAUCAGACAGUGAAUACGAACCUGAUUGUGAAUCUAGUGAGUAUGAUACGAGAACUUGUACUGUUACACUGCCAGAAGGAAACCAAGGUGAAGUGAGCCAAUCUGCUGUGAACCAAGGUGAAGGGAGCCAAACUGCUGUUAUCCAAGCUGGAGUGAGUCAACCUGCUGUGAGCCAAGCUGGAGUGAGUCAACCUACUGUGAGCCAAUAUGAUGUGAGCCAAGGUGAAGGGAGCCAAGCUGUUGUUAUCCAAGCUGGAGUGAGCCAAUCUGCUGAGAGCCAAGCUGCUGUGAAAGGAAGGUCUUACUUUGAACAGCUUCAAGGUUCAACCAUUGGUUCACCAUCAACAAGCACCCAUAACUUCAAGGUUCAACCAUUGGUUCAUACAUGA